GGUUUUUCGGGUCAUCAUACCAAAAUGCUAGAGCUCUCAUCCGUCAUUUCCCUCACAUCCUUCUUUCAUUUUCUUCCAAGCUUCAAUGUUCUAACUUCUCACACAUAAGACAUCCCUUCUUUCUUGUAUUCCCAAUUGUACCCAACCUUGUAUUCGCUCGGUAAGACAUACAUUGGUCUAUCGGCAUUUGGAUUGCGUUUUCGGGAAGACCCGCUAGGAAGGAUUAUCGUCAGCCUGACAUUACCUAGUACCUUCGCGCAAGCCCUACUGUCGUAUUCCCACAGGUGCAUCGUAAGCUCGUCAGAGCUGGUGAUUCGGCGCAUGGCACAGCAGGUAGAAACGACUUACAUUGCGAACACUGGCUAUAGGAGGAAAACAGGUCAAACAGGUAUCCAGAAAAGCCACCGUCAACAUCUUAUCCACAUUGACUCAAACCACCACCUCUCGCGCUAUUCUCUUACUCAACCGAAAAUAUGAUGUCAGCACAGCUCCAACAGCCUGGUCAGGCUGGAGCUCAACUAUCCGCUUCCGAGAACAAGUCAAGUGAUACCACCGUUCUUUCGGCAACAGAACAACCAAAGCUUACUGAGACCAAACCGCUCAAAAACCGUGCUCUGGAAAGCAAGAGCCCGUACGUACGAGCAAAUGCCGAUAGCCUGGUAGCAUGGCAACUGCUGGACGACGAUGCAGUUAGUCGUGCCAAGAAGGAGAACAAGCUGAUAUUCCUCAGCAUCGGCUUCCUCGCUUCUCACCACUGCUAUCUGACGAGGCAAGAGUCUUUCUCCAAUCCAAAGGUCGCGUCCCUACUCAACGAGCAUUUUGUACCCAUUCUUAUCGAUCGCGAAGAGCGACCGGAUAUCGAUAGCAUCUAUAUGAGCUAUAACCAAUCCCUUAGUGGCAGUGGAGGCUGGCCAUUGAACGUUUUCCUUACCCCAGAGUUGGAGCCGGUUUUCAGUGGAACUUAUUGGGCGGCACCUGGCGUCCAAGAUGAUAUUGCGGUGGAGAAUGAUGGAGUCGAAAAGCCUCUUGAUUGGGUCGUGGUUAUUAAGAAAGUUCUCGCAUCCUGGCUAGAUGAAGAGUGUCGUGUUCGCGAUGAAGCCAAGAAGAUGGUAGUUGAGCUGAGUCAUAUUUCCGCUGAAGGCACCCUGAACCAUGCAGGGAGUGAUUUCUUGCAUGCCCCCGCCUCGUCUACUCAAGGAGGAGCUGCUGUUGGAGCUGUGGAUUAUUCUCGUGAAGUCUUUGGUGAGGUCGACUUAGAUCAGAUCGAAGAAGCGUACGAACGAAUCACAAGAACCUUCGAUCCCAUGUGUGGUGGUUUUGGCCUGGAGGAUAAGUUCCCGACUUCGGCAAAGCUGUCCUUGCUCCUGAGAGCAACCCGGUUUCCGAAAGUUGUGCAGGAUGUAGUCGGCCCCAAUGAUUGUAGUUACAUCAGUGGAAUGGGCCUGCAUACUCUACGACGAAUCGCUAAUGGUGCUGUUCAUGACCAUAUUGGAGGUGGUUUCCACCGAUACUCGAUCACGAGGGAUUGGUCCUUACCAGCAUUCGAGAAAAUGCUGAUAGAUAACGUCUUGCUGCUCGGACUUUUCUUGGACGCCUGGCUCCUUUCUGGAGGUACUUGGCGCGAUGAGUUUGCUGACGUCGUAACCGAGAUCGCCGAUUAUCUCAUCAGUGAUAGAAUGCUAUCACCGAAGGGUGGAUUCUUCACUAGCGAAGCAGCAGAUUCCUUCAACCGAAAGGGUGACAAAGUAAUGCGUAAUGGAGCAUACUAUCUGUGGACAAGAAAGGAAUUUGAUGGAAUCGUUGGCGAUGUGCAUGAGAGCGAGACUGCUGCCACUUAUUGGAAUGUACAAGAACAUGGCAACGUCGAUCCUAAUAAUGACCCUAACGACGAUUUCCUCAACCAGAACGUUCUCCAGGUAGUUAAGAACUCCGCGAGAUUGAGUCAGCAGUUGGGAAUUUCGGAGUGGGAGGUGAACCAACGAAUCGAGGCCGCAAAGGCAAAACUACGCUCACAUCGACAAAAGGAACGUGUUCAGCCUGAUAUUGACACCAAGAUUGUCACUGCCUAUAAUGGCAUGGCUAUUGCUGGUUUGACCCGACUAGCCCUUGCUUUCCUUCACACGAAUGCCGGCAUGAAUCAACGAGGAGAGAAGUACUUGGAGAUAGCGAAAAAGGCGGCCUUAUUCGUGAAAAAUGAGCUUUGGGAUAACGACAAGAAAAUUCUCUAUCGAGUUUACUCCGAUGGCCGCACAGAUAUUGAGGCAUUUGCCGAGGACUAUGCUCUAUUGAUCGAGGGCCUUAUAGAGCUUUACGAAGGUACUGCAGAUGAAUCAUGGCUUGAGUGGGCGGACGAGUUACAGGCGCUCCAGAUCAAACUUUUCUAUGACAGCCCUACACCUGCACCUACGAUGGCAAACGCUAGGUGCGGAGCCUUCUACUCUACGGUUCUGGGUGCACCGUACACGCUACUCCGUAUCAAAGAUGCCAUGGACACCUCACAACCAUCGGUUAACGCGGUAUCCGUCUCUAACCUGUUUAGACUAGGGGGGUUGUUGGGCGAUAACAAGUACACGUACUUAGCGAAAGAGAGUGUCAAUGCUUUCGGCGUCGAGAUGCUGGAACAUCCUAACUUGUUUCCUGGCCUCUUAUGCGGAAUCAUCCCUUGGAAAUUGGGUGGCGAACACUGGCUCGCAGUCGGAGAGAAGCAUGACCCUGCACAAUUGGCAAUAUUCCAUAAGGCACCUCGUGCCGCCUUAUGCACGCUCCGCCAUCACAUCCCAGGAAAGGCUGAUUCAUGGUUGGCUAAACGGGAUGCGAAGACCGCCACACUCCCCCAAGAACCUGGGUUCUACGCAAAGUCAUCGGAUGGGACAUAUCGCAGAUUGGAUAGUGAUGAGCUCGCGAAGCAGGAUCUAGGCCAUUCCCCCUUUUCCCGCGGCUAGUAUUCUGGAGCAUAUUGAGAAUUGUUAGGGCAAUGAGUAUACUUAUAUCAGGGUGGGGAUCAUUAUUAACAAGCAUCGACAUGGUUAUAUUGGCGGAAUCAAAUGGGAAUCCUAAAGGGAAGCGGCGAGCCCUACAACGAUUACUGGAAAUACUUCGGAUUACAAGGGCCAUGUUGACGAAACGGCUGGAAUUACACGAACUAACGCAUUUUCCCUUCUUUCUAUGAGGUACUACUAAGGAUUUAUUAUCGGAUCGUGAAAGAUACCAGGGGGCGUCUAUGGUACACGGUUUAGGGGGUGAAUGUUUUUUAAAACGUGUGUGGUGGGUGGGAUGUGGGAUGUGUUUAUUUGCAUUGCAUGGUUGCAUAGGUAGAUGAUGUUAAAUGAAUGAAUUGAUUUAAAUUUGCGG